UCAUUUGCAUCGCGUGUACAGGGUGCUCCAUUCAUCCAUCGCGAUGUCCUUCACCAAACUGAACUGUAUGGCGGCGGCACUGCAUUUCCUGCAUCCCGGCCAGGUCAAACGCAGUGUGAGUGCAUCUCAGCGACUGCACCACAAACACCCGCCGCCAGGCGGGAGUGUUAUAGUAGUGUAAUUAUAUUUAAUUCCCACGCGUGUCGACGCGGUGUGCUCGAUGUGCUAUGCUAUCAGCGUGCACCGGCGGCGUGAUGUGAAACACGAUACUCGCGCGCAGGUAGUUAGAAUGAUCUCUAUCUAAUAAUAGUCGUUGGGUAUCGAUUCCGCGCGUUAGGGAAGCCACCGAAUCUGGUAAUGUUUAGUUAUUCGUCAGCACUCUCCAGUAGCACAAGCGUCCGGGGGCGUCUGCUUUACAAUGUGGCCAUUUGUUUGUGCAAUUUUGGCGCUCAUAGGAGCGUACUGCUCGAUCUGCUGGUUGUAUGACAAUCUCCGCACACCCGCCUCGCUGGUUCUGCACGGCAUCGCGCAGCUCGUUUUACCCCAGAAACCGUUUUCUGAAAAAUAUGGAGAAUGGGCAGUGAUCACCGGAGCCUCGGAUGGCAUCGGAAAGGGUUACGCUGAAUAUCUGGCCGGUAGGCGGAUGAACAUUGUGCUGAUUGCCCGCAACGAGAAUAAGCUGAACCGGGUGGCCGAAGAAAUCCAGCGCAAGUACUCCGUGCGCACGAAGGUGGUAGUGGCGGACUUUGCCAACGGUGAGGCCGUUUACGAGCAUCUGGCCCGCGAGUUGCUUCCACUGGACGUGGGCAUACUGGUGAACAACGUAGGCCUUUCCUAUGACCGGGGCAUGUGUAUGGAGGAGCUGCCGAAGAAGCUGGUAUGGGAUCUACUCACCGUCAAUGUGGCCUCGGUGACCAUGCUCUGCCAUCUAAUGGUGCCGGCGAUGAAACAGCGCAGCCGCGGGUUGAUCGUCAACAUUUCAUCCCUCUCGGCUUCCGCCCCCGCCCCCUAUCUGUCCGUGUAUGCGGCCGCCAAGGUGUACGUGCGGAACUUUUCCAUGGCACUGCGCGAAGAGCUGCGACCGCAUCGGGUCGAGGUGCAGACCGUGCUGCCCGGCUUUGUACGUACGAACAUGACCGCGUUCGUGGCCAGCGAGUACGACGGGAAGGCCGCCUCGAAGCAGCUCGUGCGGGUGGACGACUACGUGCGGUACGCAGGAUUCACGAUUGGGAAGACGGAUCGCACGUGCGGCUACUGGUGGCACGGGCUGCAGUAUGCCGGGCUGAAGCUUGUGCCGGAAUUUGUGCGCGUGUUUGUGCUGCAGACGAUUUACAGCCAUUUGAGAGGUGCUAAAAAGAACGUUUAAACGCAGAGGACAGUUUGGUGGAGCAGCCUACUACGACCCUACGGUAGGGUUUCAAUUGAAAGAAACUUUUUGCUUCUAUUUCGACACCAUUACGGCAAUAAAAACUCCAUUACAAAAGCACACACAAAAAACGUUUUCUUUCCGUGUCUGAAGAUAGUUUAAACCAGCACAACCUCAGCUCAGCUGCCGCUUCAAUACAUCACCGACUUCUUACCGUUACAAUGAAGCAUCAGACAAAUAGCUUCCGACGGUUGAUGUGCUUUGCAGCGUUCUGGUCGAGCAUCUAACGACCGACGCACACAAACACACUGCCCCGAGAGCCUG